AAGUUUUCGCGAAGUGAUAUCCGAAUCUCAAGAAUUGGCGAGGGCAUCUCGGGCACGGUCGAUUUGUACAAAUCCAAGGUAGUACCGACCUUCAGGUAUGCCGUAAAAACGUACCACUCUAAGGAGAAAUACGAGUCCAAGACUGAAUACGUAGCCCGUGUUCUUACCGAAUACAACAUUCUCCGACAGCUCCACCAUUCAAAUCUCAUAGAGGUUUACAAAUACGAGGUUUCGCUUAGUGGUGAAGUGCGGACGUUCCUUGAAGCUGGAAGCCCCAAUCUCUACGACCUUAUCCGUUCAGUGCCUGCGUCAUCGUUAGACCCCAAGGGUAUGCUAUGCAUAUGGAAACAAAUCUGCGACGGCGUACGAUAUUUGCACGAGGCUAAGGUGUGCCAUCGAGAUCUCAAGUUAAAUAAUUUGGUUGUAGAUAUUCCGAACCGCACUGUCAAGAUUAUUGAUUUUGCAACUGCCCUUGUGGUCAAGGAUAACGAGCCCGCAAUAGGAAUUGUUGGAUCCGACGCCUACAUAGCGCCGGAAACCAUAGAGAAAAUUCGCUACAACGGCAUGGAAGCGGACAUAUGGUCUCUUGGUAUAAUUCUCUACUAUUUAAUGGUGGUGAAAUUCCCCUGGAAAUCGGCCCGACAUUCUGACAAGAAGUAUACAGCAUUUAAAAACAUCCCUGACAGGCCACAGCUGUGGAUUACAGACCAUUUGAUUCCUCCACCCGUUUACACCGACGAGGGGUUGGAAAUGGGAAAGGCUUCCGUCCUCAGGUAUCUUCCUGCCGAAUCAUAUCCUCUUGCCAGCUACAUCUUGAUGGUAAACCCAACCAAAAGAGCCACUAUCAGAGACUUCUGGGAAGAUGAAUGGUUCUCCAGCAUUGAUUAUUGC